AGUUCAUUCAAUCUUAUCUGUGCGGACGACUGACUGAUAACACAGAAUAAUAAUAUCGAAUUUUCAAUUAUCGCAAUGAUUUUUUUGGUGUAAAAUUUAAACAGUAAAUGGUGUAAAUUGUAAUUAAUUAUUCAUAAAUUAAAACAUAAUAUUAUUAUUUUGUUAAUUUAUUCUGUCACUUUUAUUUAUUGACAAUUUGUAUGUUCAAUAAUUGUCGUAUAUACCUAGUAUUCAUUCUAAAAAUUACAAUUUUUUUCAAAUGAAGAACAUAUAUUGAACAAAUAGCUCCCUAACGGCCUAAAAACAAUGGGAAUAUACGGUGUGUACAUUGUGUCAAAAUCAGGGGGGCUAAUAUUCAAUUAUGACUAUACUGUGCCAAAAAUCGAAACCGAACAAACAUUUGGUUAUCCAUUAGAUCUUAAACUAUCUUGUGAAAACAACAGACUAUUGGUAUCGUUUGGUCAACGAGACAACAUCAAAGUUGGUCAUGUAUUAUUAGCAAUCAAUGGAGUUCCUGUUUCUGGUAGAAAACUGGAAGAUGGCAAGGAUGCAAUAGAAAUGUUAAAUGAUGCAACCAAUUAUCCCCUUAAUUUGAAAUUUGGCCGGCCAAAAAUGACUAUCAAUGAAAAGAUAUUCUUAGCCAGUAUGUUUUAUCCAUUAUUUGCCAUUGCAUCACAAUUAAGUCCAGAGCCCAGGAGUUCUGGAAUCGAAACUUUAGAAGCUGAUACAUUUAAACUCCAAUGUUUUCAAACUCUGACUGGAGUGAAAUUUAUGGUUAUUGCUGAUCCAACGCAUGUAGGCCUUGAACAACUUUUAAAGAAAAUUUAUGAGAUUUAUGCAGACUUUGCUCUAAAGAAUCCAUUUUAUUCCUUAGAAAUGCCUAUUCGGUGUGAAUUGUUUGAUACUAAUUUACAAGCACUUUUGGAACAAGCGGAUAAAAAUGGUAUUAAUAGUAUUUAAUUUAAUAAGUACUUUAUUUUAAUCUAUAUUUAAUAAUAUUUCACCAAAAAAUUCUGUACUUGGUAUCAGAUCUUAAAAAUCUUAUUGUAUUUAAAACUAAAAAGCAAAUUUUAAUGAUCACUAUGAUUGAAUUAUUUUUAUUCAAAACCUUUUAAAUUAUAAUUUAAAUAUUAUACCAUUAUUAUAAGCUUAAGUUUAAUAAUCAAUAUUGUUAAAUAGUUAUGAUUUAUAAUAAUGUAAUUGUUUACAUGAUUAAAAAUAAUUUAUUUUAUUGUA